AUGCCGAAAAAUGUGGGACCCACCAUUUCUGGGAAGUUCCGUGACCGUGACCGUGACUCAAGACUUCCCCUCCCACCACUUCUCACCCCACGGUGUUCAAUGACUCUCCAUCGUCCGAUCAAUCUACUCCGACGGCUAAGAUCUUGGCUCGCUGCUCAACGCUUGCCAGCUAGGACUGGCUUGUUCGUGUUUUGGAAUCUGGAGGGUUUAUUUAAUCAACACGACAACACCGCUACCACGUCAGAUGUGAAUCGAACGGCCUGGACGGUUCCCCUUUUUUAUAUCGGGAAGAUCUUGAUCGUUGGUAUCACUUUUCAGAAGAUUUUGGCCGUUGGAUUGGUUUUGGGAAUGGGACGGUGGAGAUCGGAGUACUUGUCAAAAAGCAUUGAUCUGAUUCAUCCACGAGGGUUUGGAGAGAUAUUGAAAUACCGGAAAGAUGAUGAGAUAGAGAGCAGAAAAAGAGGACAAGGGAGAGAGAAGAGAGAAAAGGAUGAUGGACCGAUGGAAUUACAAGAACCAUCAAGGUUGAGAGAUAGAGGGUUGAAGAAAGAUCGAGAUCGGGAUCGAGAUCGAGAGAGAGAAAGAGAGCGCGACAGAGACAGGUCAAGUCGGAGUAAACGACGAAGAGCGGAGAGAUUGAUUCACGGUGGUAAUAGAGAAGAUGGAGGAGAAGAUAGUUCAGAAGAAAGUGUGAAUGAUGACGAGGAAGACGAUGAAGAGGACGGUGGAAAUGGAACUGGACCGGUCCGGAUGCUACCACCGAAUCCGAUGUCAACCAACCAUCAUUUACAGCCCCGGAAAAGUUACCCACCGAGCUCUGCGAAAGUUUUUAGGGCUGCGCCGGUGUGGAAAGCCGGCGAUGAAAUGAUCGGCGUGUCGGUACCCAGAAAAGCUCGGACAGCAUCCACGAAAAGGUCACAUGAGUGGAUGAAUGGCGGUGGUGGUGAAAGAGUAGUGGGUGGAGGAGGAGAGCAGAUUCAUCGGCAAGCUUCGACUUCACCGGUGAGACAAAGUCUUCCUUCAACCUCGACGCCUUCGCCGGGAGCUCCACUUUCUCCGUCUUCUUCCAAUGCUUCGUUUCGGAAGAAGAUGAAGUUGAAUGGACCCAAACACAGACCGCCAAAGUUGUCUUCGAAGUCGUCUUCAUCAAAUCCUGAGGAGCUGGAGAUCGAAAUCGCCGAGGUUUUAUAUGGGUUGAUGACUCAAUCUUCAAAGAAAGAAGUGGUCUCAAACGAAUCGGCUAAGUUUGACUCAAGGGAGCUCAAUAAAUCCACAAGUGAUUCAAAAUCCAGAGUUUCGUCUCCGAUCUCGAAUUCACCAUCGACAAAUCCUCAGUCAUCGGCGAUUUUGCCACAAAACUCUAGCUCCUCAGCUACUCCCAUAUCAGCAGUUGCGCCGAAGAGGAAGAGACCGAGACAAGUAUCAGAGAAUAUGGGGAGUUUUGGUGUCCGGAGCAGCCCCAUUUCAACGACGAUCACGAAGGUCGAGAUCGAUCAGCUACCAAAGACCGAAAUUUCUUCUCCAAGUAUGGAUAAGAAUCCAGGAUCUGCAGCUGAAAAUGGUGGAGUACCGUACGAUCUGGGUAGUUUGGUCAAUUCACAGCCUUUGACCUCACCAUCGGAGCCUAUACCGGAGAUGAUGAAGCCGGAUUCGGAGUCACAGGCAAAGACGGAAAAAGUAGCCGAAAGUCGAGAUUUGCCUUCGGGCAACGGAGAUGUCACGGCAAAGAAGGAACCUCCUGUGGUCAGAUUAGAAGAUAAUCUUCAGGGUGUGACAGCGACAGCAACCAAAUUGAAUUCAAUGGUUUCUGAGGGGGAGAAGCCCAAGGAGGAAAAAUUCAAGAUAGAUCUGAUGGCUCCACCUCCUCAAUUGAGAUCAUCACCGGAAAGAGAAGGCGAUUUCGGGGUGGCGGCGACAGUGGUGGAGGACCAUAAGCCGAUGAUAUCUAAUCUUGAUUCGGAAAUGAUGAGACCAAAGGAAGAUGAUAAGGAAGCUAUGUAUGUGGCAGCUGAGGAGAGAAAGGUGAAAUCGGCGGUGGAAGAAGUUCAAUUGCAGAAGCCAGUUGAGAACAAAGUGAGAAAUAUUGAUCUUCAGCUUGAUUUGGAAAAACCUGAGAGAGAGAGUGGAAACAACAAAUUUCAACAUCAGGCCCAGAAGCAGCAACAACCACCUCCACCAAAAGCAACCGGAGAAGAAUCACAUUCAGAGAAAACAUCUCAAUCCAGCUCGUUGCCUUUGCCAAUGUCUAUGGCUAGCUGGCCUGGUGGGCUUCCUUCAAUGGGAUACAUGACACCAUUGCAAGGAGUUGUGUCCAUGGAUGGUAACGCCAUGUCGGCACCAAUGCAGCCACAUUUCUCUCAACCACGGCCGAAAAGGUGUGCAACACAUUGUUAUAUUGCUCGGAACAUUUACGUCCUCCAGCAAUUCAUGAAGAUGAACCCUUUCUGGCCAGCUGCAGCAGGGACUGCAUCUUUGUUUGGAGCCAAGCCCAGCAAUCUCAACAUUGUACCACCUGCAGAAUUGAAUGGAAACAUCUCUGGUAGGGGCAUGAACUCUAUGCAGGACAAGGGGCAAGGUCUUGCGAUCUUUCCUGGCCAUACUGGGAAGGACAAAGGUCCUCAAGCUGCCAAUAUUGCUGAUGCUGCACAGAGCAAGCAGCAGCCGAUUUUGCUUCAGCAAGCAAUGCCCCCAGUAGCCCCUAGUAAUAUUCUGCAUGCCCCUGCUUUCAUCUUCCCUUUGAGCCAGCAACAGGCGGCAGUGGCAGCUGGUUCUGUUCGACCUGCAUCUACAAAGUCUCCUACAACCACAAGAGGGUUAGCUUCAUCCAAUGCUUCUAGUUCUGCUAAUGUGAGUAACUCUGCAACAACAGCCGGAGCAGCCACUGCGAUGAGCUUCAAUUACCCAAAUAUGCCUACGAAUGAAACCCAGUACUUGGCAAUCUUACAGAACAAUGCAUACCCUUUUCCAAUACCAGCUGUUGGAGCACCGCCAAAUUAUAGAGGAACUCAUGCUCAGGCUAUGCCGCUGUUCAAUGGGUCAUUCUAUUCUUCUCAGAUGAUCCAUCCAUCACAUCUUCAGCAGCAGCAGCAAGCACCACUUUCUCAGUCACACCAAAUGCAACAAGCCAACCAGAAUACGAGCUUCUCUAGUGGUUCUUCAUCUUCCCAGAAGCAUUUGCAGAGCCAGCAGCAGAGGCCACAAGGAGGUGCUGCCAACGGUGGGAAUGGAGGAGGAAAUUUACAUCACAUUCCUGCCACAAAAAAUCGCCCAUCACAGCAACAGCAUCAGCAUCAGCAUCAGCAUCAGAAUCAGCAUGUCUCCUUGGCACAACAACAAUCACGUCAGCUGGAAGGUGAGGUGGGGGCAGAAGAUAGCCCCUCAACAGCUGAUAGUCGAAUAUCUCGUGCCACAAUGAGUGUCUACGGUCAGAAUUUUGCUAUGCCAAUUCAUCCACACAACUUUGCUUUGAUGACCCCUCCUGCUGCAUUGGCUGGUGCCACCACUGCAGUGGUGGCGGCAACGUAA